AUGCCCCCCCCCAGGAUACCGCGGGCCCCCCGCCUACCACAGGCCCGCCCCUUCUCAACCACCUCCCUCACCUGCUUCCCCUCCGAACCCUUCCCCCCAAUCGAGCACACCAACUGGAAGCCCCCGAAAAAAGACAACCUCCCCAGCGAAGUCAUCUCCUUCCUCCCGCCCCCCUCCAACGACCCAACCCAACGCGUCCUCCCGGGGCCCCGCCCGCCCAAACGCACCCUCGACGACACCUCCUCCCUCUUCACAACCCACCCAAUGAAAUACCUCUUCUCCGCCGCCCGCUUCUUCCAAGUCCCCUUCAACCCCGGCAUGCCCGAAGUCUGCCUCAUCGGCCGCUCCAACGUCGGCAAGUCCACCCUCAUCAACGCCCUCGCCGGCGCCAACCACCGCGCCGCGCGCAAAUUCCAGUCCCACGGCGGCAGCCACCGCACGGGUAACAAACAGUUCCAGCCCCGCGAACUCGCCAUGACGAGCCGCAUGGCGGGUAAGACCAAGACGCUGAACGGGUACGGCAUCGGGGUCCCGACACAUGCGGAGCGGUUGGAGGGCCAGGCGAGGAUCAAAGAGUGGAAGGAACAGAAGGAAGCGGCCGCUGCUGAUGAUUGGGGAACUGGACACAGCCGCAGCGAUCGACGCGCGAACAGGUCGAGUAAACUCAACCUGCUGUAUCCAGACCACCGACUAAUCAUGAUCGACACGCCUGGGUACGGGUUAGGGUCAGAUGCGGAAUGGGGCCGGGAGUUUCAGAAGUACCUCGCGCAACGGGCGAUGCUGCGCGGGGCGGUGGUGCUGAUUGAUGCGGUGGCGGGUGUGAAGGAGACGGACCGGGCGGUGCUGGGUCUGUUGCGGGAUUUGGAGGUGCGCACGGCGGUGGUGCUGACGCGGGCGGAUAAGUUAUCGCGGGAUCCGAAUGCGGCGCGGGCGAGGGAGAGGAUUGAGGUGGUGUGUGGGAGUGUGUGGGGGACGUUGCGGGAGGUGGAGUUGGAGAGUUUGACGUGGUUGGAGGGGAAGGUGAAGGGGUGGGAGCCGGAGAUUUGGGUCACGGCCGCGGGGAAUGAGGAUGAUACGGGGGAACCGAUGGGGAUGAGGGGGGUACGGUAUGCGAUUUGUCGGAUGGCGGGGUUGGUCGAGGGGCCGAAGGAGAAGACGGCGGGAGUGGUGGUGCCGACACCGCCGCCGGUGCAGAAGAUUGUGUCGUUUGAUCAGAUCCAGUGGGCAGAAGCCUCGAAGACGGGGGAGGCCCCAAAGGCGGCGUAG